GCCAGCUGAGCACGACGAACCGGAGAACAGUGUUUACUAAGCUCUGAGUCAACUGUCAUAUGAAACUGCUCUGUCUGCAGCGUUACACUGCGCUGCGACAGCUCGGUGUUGUGAAUAUGUCAGGCAGCUGAGAGAAGAUAAGGAGCAGCCAGACUCAUGUCCCAAGAUUUGGGUGUGAACAACUAGAGACACAAUGUCUCUCCUGCUGAUAUCAUUAAUUUUAAUCUUUUUGCUGGCUAUUGGUGUGCUGUGUGCCAUUUUCAGGUGGCUUAUAUGCACCCUGGCUGUGCGAUUCUUCCAAACUGCCUUCAAUGCUGAUCUGAAGAUUAAAUCAGUAGGACUGUUUUCUGUCCAAGGAGUCAGUAUCCAGUUUCACCCCCAGCAUACUUUGGAAAUUGACAGGAUAUGGAUUUCAAGUAAACUUCUAAACCAGGAUUUACCGCGAUACCUGGCAUUCUGUGUCGGAGAAACCAGAGUCCGGUUUGACUUGCAAGCACCACUGAAACCUUUGGUGAAGCAGAGCCAUGGAAAAAAGUCGGCGAAGAUUUCUGUCAGCCCCAAAACGCUUCGAUUCUUGUCACAAUUGCUGUCAUUCCACAUCAGCUCCAUCAACGUGAUGGUACUAAACCUAGCACUGCCAGAAUCUCUAUGGCACAUGACUAUUGCAGGUAUCACCUUGUUACUUGACCACCAGAGUAAAAGGUUGGCAUGGAACUUCUCGGUUGGACAGCUAAGCAGUAAAGUGCUCAAAAGCAGUGAACUGGACAUAUGUUUGGCUGAAGUGGCACUUAGCCUGUUGUUAUCUGGAGAUGUGAGGUUACCAGAGAUGAAGCCAGGUUGUCUGUCCCUGAGUGUGAGGACUCUAAUGGCAGAGCUGCACGAGGGGCUGUUCCUCAGUCAACUCCAGCUUCCAGCAGUUUCCCACAAAGAGAAAGAUCAUGGUGCAUUUGAGAGUGAAAAUGAUGAAUUUAUCCAGACUGAGACUGUGCAACGCUUUCAUCAGCUGAUUCCCCACAAGGUCAAUGUGGAAUUUGAUAACACAAACAUAACCCUGUCGAUGCACAGCCAGAAACGACACCUGAACUGGACUCUAAAGUCUUUAAAGGUCUGCUACGGACGUGACAACGAGCAGCUUCCUCUUAAAAGCUUCACUCCUGAGCUGAGCUUUCCCCAGAGCAGCUUGGAGCUCCUUCUCGAGGAUGGACUUCUGCUCUCUCAAAGUAGGCAAAGAAUUCUUUGUGUGAACACAAUCAAGACAACCCUGCAGGUUACAUCAAUUGACAUCUCAGGGUCAGUCGUCGUCAACACUUGCAUCAUUCACUACCGUCACCAGGAGUUUUCCCAUUGGCUAAAUCUAUUUCCAUGGGAACAGCUAUUCCACAGGAAGGAAGCACACAGAAAAAGUCUGUUAGAUUAUUUGCCCACCCUCCUUUUCCUCAGGCGCCUCCCUCACCUGGAUGCUCCCGUGAUGAUCACCACCUCUGUGUCCAACAUCAAUGUGUCUGUUCAGCUGGGAGACACCACACCUUUUGCUCUGGGCUUCCUCUCUGCUAAUGGAGAACUGCGGCAUAUCCUUGACAUUAAAGUUGAGAGCGAGAAUCAAGAGUCCCAAAAUGUGCACGAACGUGCCUCGCUGUCCUUGGACAACUUCUGGUGGAGAGUGGGUCAGGGGUCUCAUAUCCAGCAGGCACCCCACCCUCCUGGUAAACAUGUAUGGGGAGAAGCCCUAAUCCUAGACUCACUCAGCCUGCAGGGGAGUUUGAACCGACCCCACGUGAAGUCGAGCAGCCAGCCUCUGAGUCUGAACGUUGAGUCCAGCCUGAAAGGGCUUCAAGUGGAGCUUUCAGAGACCUGUGCACUGUGUCUGUCUCGCCUGCUAUCUCUCAUGUGUUUUCCUCGUCAUCCAGAGUCACAGCUGCCAGAUGUGACUCCAUUGUCUCCUUGUAAUGACGACACCAUAAAACCUAUCCCCUCCUCACAGCUACACCUGCUUUUUAAAGUGGACUGCUGUCUAGAGGACGUUAAUGUCUUCACACUUUCUAAUGUUGCAGGAGCUGUAUCUCUGCGGAUGGACACUGUCAGAGUCCUGACCUCUGCUGAGAGCUCCAGGGUGUCUCUGCAGGGGGUCAGCUUGUCUGUGAUCAAGACAGUCACAGAGAACAUGGAAGUAUGUUGUCCCGCGUCUCAAACCAUCAACCCUAUAGUAAAACUCACCACAUUAACGCUGUGGUACCACAUCACCACCCACACCAUACAGGUUCAAUGUGAAGAGGAUCUUACUGUCGAAUGGACGCCACCAGACCACAUGGUCCUAUAUCAGCACAUGACUGAAGGUCAGGUGUGUUGGUUAAUGCUGUGUGGAGAGAAAGGAGAGGAAAAGCCAGUUAAACCAGUGAACACUGAAGCUGCCUCAGGUCAGAAUAGAGGCCUGUGUUUGCGUGUUGAACUGGGCUGUACUCGUUUAACUGCUCAUGUUACUGAUCAGAACUACAUUCUGCUGCACAUGGAUGCACUCUCUCUCUCAAAGCAAGGCAGUUCUAUGCAUAUGCGCUCUCCCUCAGUGAUCUUCAACUUUGAUGGCAACAAUAUAGUCUCUUUUAAUGGCCUAGAUGUGGAGACACAUGCAGAUCUGACUGAAAUGCAGCUGCACAGAGACACUUUCCCCUUCCUCACCACUCCUCAUAACCGUGUCUGGGUAUUGACAUGUCCUUCCUUAUCUAUGGAGUUCCCCUACCAGUACAAUUUCUCAAACACAUUUGACAAAGCUAUUAGUGUCCAGAAGUGGCUAAAAAGUCUCCAUCACUCCCCAACCCAGACCUCAGCAACCCAACGUCUGCCGCCUGACCUCAUCUUCAAAAUUAGCCAGUUCUCAUUUGUCUUCCUGGAUGAUGUCUUCGAAAUCAAGCUGCGAGACAACUAUGAACUGAUGAAGGAUGAAAGUAAAGAGAGUGCAAAGCGUCUGCAGCUUCUGGAUAAGAAGGUGGCAGAUCUCCGCAAGCAGCAUGGAGAACUUCUCCCGGCUAGAAAGAUAGAAGAGCUGUAUAGUUCACUGGAGAAAAAGCAUAUAGAGAUCUACAUCCAGCGUUCACGCCGCCUCUAUGCAAACACACCCAUGAGGAAGUCGCUGCUGACCUGGACUGUUUCAGACUUACAACUUGUCGUCAUUGCUGAUCAGUCCCUUCAUGGGCCCGAGAGGGUGAGAGAACAGUUGAGGGACAUUGAUGGGAUCAGUCCCUUCCCCAGAGAUGGGCUCCCUCUGGUCAUCCAAUGGUGCCGUGCGGUCAAGUUUAAACUAGCUGCAUUUUUGGUGAGAAUUCGAGACUACCCUCGCUACUUGUUUGAGAUCCGUGACUGGGAGCUGUCGGGGCGUCUGAUUGGCACAGAGCAAGAUGGACAGCUGAGAGGUCGGCGCAAACAGACUGUCCCCCUUGGACCACCAUGGGGAGAUGUAACAGUCCACAGGAAUAUGCCACCACUCAAGUUCUACUAUGACUUCAAAUCCAACAUCUCUCUGUACACUAUUGUUUGGGGGCCGUGUUGGGACCCUGCCUGGACUUUGAUUGGCCAGUCAGUUGACCUUCUGACCAAACCCACAGCUGAUCCCUCGCCUCUUCUGGCCUGGUGGGACAAAAGUCGUCUCCUUCUGCACGGGCGCUGGGUCAUGGACAUUGAUCAGGCCAAUCUUCAUCAGCUGGCUACAGAGGAUCCCUAUAAUACCACGGAAAAUUUGCACUGGGAGUGGAAUAAGCUGAACUUUGACUGGAACCCCGGCCAGUUUGCUUUUAAAGGAGACUUGGAUGUAAAUGUCAGGACCGCGUCAAAGUAUGAUGAUAUCUGUUUUCUACACCUACCCAACCUGUGUAUGACCCUUGAUCUCCAAUGGCUUUGCCAUGGCAAUCCCCAUGACCACCACGCUGUAAUGCUCUGCUGUGCGGAGAACAUUGCAGACGUGACCUCAGGACAGCCUCACGACUCUUACAGAGCUUUUCGCUCUGAGAACCUCAACCUCUCCAUCACCAUGGACCUUAACCAGCAUUGUGGCACAGACACUUACCAGCCCAGAAUCCUCCUGUACAGCAGCACACUGCGCUGGAUGCAAAAUUUCUGGGCCACCUGGACAAGCGUAUCUCGGCCAAUCUGCAGAGGCAAGCUCUUCCAUAGCCUCAAGCCAAUUCGCAAGAAGCUUGGUCAGCACUACAAGCAGAUGUCCUACACAGCUGCCUUUCCACAACUACAAGUGCAUUAUUGGGCCUCCUUUGCCCAGCAAAGAGGUAUCCAACUGGAGUGCAACAAAGGCCACGUCUUCACUCGGGGCACACAAAGACUUAUUCCACAGGCUGGCACUGUGAUGAGGAGGCUGAUCUCUGAGUGGAAUGUGACUCAGAUGGUUAGUGAACUCUCACAGGUGACAGUCCACCUGAUGGCCUCCACCUGGGAUGAGACUGCUGACCACCAGAUCAACACUCAAGUGAAGAAGACUCACCUGCUCAGCCUGUCAUCCCUUAGCUACCAACGACAGAGCAAUCGCAUGGAGGAGGAGGUGAACACAAAGGAUGAAACAAAUGCCUCUUAUACUCACAAAUUGCGUCUGGUGGAUCUACGUGCUUCCUGGACAACUACAAACAGAAACAUAGCCUUUGGGCUAUAUGAUGGCUACAAAAAGGCAUCUGUACUGAAAAGAAAUCUCUCCACUGAAGCUUUGAAAGGUCUGAGAAUCGACACACAACUGCAGACAAAGAAGCUGAAACGCUCUCCUACCACCUACUCCCCCAGCACAGUUCCUACCAUACCAGUUGUUGCUUCUGUCAACCGAUCAGAAAAAAGUCCAAACGAAGGCACAUCGAUGCUUCAGAAGUUGAUUGAGGAGACAGACAAGUUUGUGGUGUUUUCAGAAGAGGAUUCAGGUGUCAGCGACCAGCUGUGUGGCAUUGCAGCCUGUCAGACUGAUGAUGUAUAUAACCGCAACUGGUUUAUUGAGUUGGUCAACUGUCAGAUGAUGUUGCGUGGCACAGAGACUGCCGGCUGUGUACUGGUGUCUGCAGCAAAGGCUCAACUGCUGCAGUGUGAACAUCACCCUGCCUGGUAUAACGACACCUUGAAGCAGAAGACCACCUGGACCUGUCUGCUGGAUGGUAUGCAGUAUUUUGCCACCAUGGAGCCCAACCCAUCUGAACAAGAGGACCGGCAGUUGUGGCUGGAGGUGAAAAACAUUGAGGAGCACCGGCAGCGUAACCUGGACUCGGUGCUGGAGCUGAUGGAGAGUGGCCAGGCUGUGGGAGGAAUGGUUAGCACCACAACAGAUUGGAACCAGCCCGCACAGGUGAACGAGUCUCAGCAGGUUCAGCGUAUCAUCUCGCGCUGUAGUUGCCGGAUGCACUACAUCAGUUACAGUCAUGACAUCAACCCAGAGCUGGCCACUCAGAUUAAGCCUCCAGAGCUGAGGAACAACCACGAGAAGGAAGACCUGCUGAAGAAACAGGCUGGUGCUGUGGACACCUUCACUCUUAUUCAUCAUGAUCUUGAGAUAUCCACUAACCCAGUUCAGUAUGCUAUGAUUCUGGACAUUGUCAACAACCUGCUCUUACACGUGGAGCCCAGACGCAAGGAGCACAGUGAGAAAAAGCAGCGAGUGCGUUUCCAGUUGGAGAUUUCCAGUAACCCCGAGGAGCAGCGCAGCAGCAUCUUGCAUCUUCAGGAGGCCGUUAGGCAACACCUUGCUCAAAUUAGACGCCUUGAGAAACAGAUUUAUUCAAACAUCAGGGCGCAAUCCGAGGAACUGGGUUGCGAUGAACUGAACGAGAUUAACGCACGAUUGCAGCACCAGCUGAACCAGGAGAAGAAUGACAUGCAGAUGAAGAGUGAAGAGCUCAACAUCCUUAUCAGAUGCUUUAAGGAUUUCCAGCUGCAGCGGGCAAAUAAGCUGGAGUUACGUAAGCCUCCCGAGGAUGUGAGUGUAGUGAGGAGAACAGAGAUCUACUUUGCACAGGCCCGCUGGUGUUUGACAGAAGAGGACGGACAGCUUGGUAUCGCUGAGCUGGAGCUCCAGAGAUUCAUGUACAGCAAGCUGAACAAGUCUGAUGAUACAGCAGAGCAUCUUUUGGAGCUUGGGUGGUUCACAAUGAACAACCUGCUACCAAACGCAGCGUACAAGGUCGUACUUCGUCCACAGAGUAACUGCCAGUCUGGACGCCAGUUUGCUUUGCGGAUCUUCAGCAAAGUGCGCCCCCCUGUGGGAGGAAUCUCUGUGAAGGAACACUUUGAGGUGAAUGUGGUGCCUCUCACCAUCCAGCUGAUGUACCAGUUCUUCAAACGAAUGAUGGGGUUUUUCUUCCCGGGGAGAAAUGUUGAAGAGGAGGAGGUCACAGAUGAAGAAGACAAAUUUAGGCUGGUUACUACUGGUAUCCCUGUCAAACCUCGGCCAUCGUCAGAGGACACCAUGGGUGCUAUGGGUCCCAGUAAAGGUGUCACCCAGGGACUGAACCGCACUGCUGGGGUUAGAAGGUCAUUCAGGAAGGCUCCAGAGCAUCCUGUCGAUGACAUCGAUAAGAUGAAAGAGCGAGCUGCAAUGAACAACUCAUUCAUCUACAUCAAGAUUCCACAAGUGCCUCUCUGUGUCAGCUAUAAGGGUGAAAAGAACAGUGUCGACUGGAAGGACUUGAAUCUGGUUCUGCCUUGCUUGGAGUACCAUAACAAUACAUGGACAUGGCUCGACUUUGCCAUGGCUGUUAAAAGAGACAGCCGAAAAGCACUUGUAGCGCAGAUGAUAAAAGAGAAACUGCGUCUGAAGCCAGCUUCGGGCUCAGACUUGAGGGGGAAGGCAUCUGAAGGGAAGGCGGACAACAGCCUACAGCAGCAGGAAGAAGAUGAGAAAGCACGACUCCUCAUUGGUCUCAGCACUGCAGACAAGAGCUCCGGCAAGAAGAGUAUCUUCAGACGACAUAAGUGACGCCUGGAAUUGAGUGGAUAGUGGUCUACAGCAGCUGCAGGGAAAAAGUACAGAGCAUCACUCUGGCUUUGUGAAUCAAGAUGAAAAAGGGAGCACGAUGGAAUAUUUCAAGUGGAUUUAGGAAAUAUCUUACUGUAUCACAUGAGCCUGCUGAUCUAUCUUUUUUUCUUCUUUUUUUCAGUUAACUCCUAUUGUGUCUUAGAUUUGAAUCUCAAGCAGCUCCGGGAUAACUGGAGUGCCAUUUUGACCAAAUAUAAAUUAUUCUGUUUAUUUGUGUGCCAUUUAAAAACUUCACUCUGGUGUCAUAAAUUGCAACCUUUGGAAAGAACGACCGCUUUGGUUGCACUGAAUGUAGCGAGGAAGGUUUACAGUAUGUAGCUGGCACUUCACUGUUACUGUUUCCUCUGCUUCUGAAAAUCCCAGACCGACAUGCUACUUCCUGCUGGCUCAGGAACACGGUCCACUCUGCUUGAAGAAAUGACACUUAACUGAAGCACCUGUCACUUGUUUAAAACAAAAAACCAAAUCUGAUCAUAGAAUAUGUUUUAUCAAUUAAAGCUUAAAGAAACUGAUCGUGGCUGUAUGACUGUCGCUGACAGGAAGGCCUUUAUCCCCAUAUAAAAUGCUAUUUUAUAUUUUCCAUGUUGAAUGGUGGCCUGCUUCCUCUCAGCUCACUGUUUUUCUGUACCUCACCUCAGUGCAAUAUGACAGGAACAGAGCAACAAAAACAUGGUGAUGUGUGGUAAAAUGUGGCACUUGGUGUGUGUGACAGUAUUGUAAAAAAAAAAAAAAGAACGCGUGUUGCACCUAACUGCUGAGUGUGUUUUGUAAUUUGAACACUAAAGCACUUUUAUGCAAAGUAUUUUGAUAUUUUUGUAACCGCGGUUGUUUUCUGUUGAAUUGUUGCUAAAUCCUGAUGUUUGUCACAUUUCUGAUCAGCCCUGAAUAUUUCAAUUAAAAGGAUCGUAUC